GUUGUGGCUUGUUCUUUCGUAGAUGACUAUGCAGCAAAGCUAAUGUUGUGGCGCUUAGCCCGCGCCGCGGCGCGUCGCCUUGGUACCUGACCAGGAACAAAGGGGCUGGAGAACUGAGAGGGCGGUGAUGGAGGGCGGUGAUGGCGGCUCUCUCGUUGUUUUGCAAUCAACGUCUCUCCGAAGAGGCAGUUGUCAUUGAGAUUGGGCCACCUUCCUCCUAACCCCUCUCUUGCUAACAUCCAUCGCAAAGCACUCGACGACCUUCAUGAGGUCAAGCAUCUCAAGUCCGACGCCUGCCUCGCCCUCGCCUUCGCCGCAGCAUCGCAUCAGCCGUCACUUUGUUCUCCCCUCGCUCGAGUCAAAUACAUUCACCAACUUCGUUCGUCGUCCCCGCCGAUGGGUCGAGGAGCUGCGAUCGGCGGAUGGCAGCGAUGUAACUGCCACGAUACCCGAUACGGUGAAACAGCAGCAGAAGAGACCAAGGUCGCUGGUCAUCUUUGAGAGCAAGAAGCAGUGGGCUGGUGCGGGCAUUCUGACUUCGCCGCAGCGCAGAGGGGGAGGAGAGGAGUCAGGUGUGGACAGUACCGGAGUCAAGAGGAUGGCCUCAAACAGCAGUGCGGCUACUAUUCGCUUCGUGGGCUUAGAUGGGGAGACAGAGCUCAAAGAGGAGCUUUCUGGACGCUCGACUAGGGCAAAGACCGUCGAUGCCAAUGAGGAUGACCUUAGCCCCGUCUCUAUGCGCAAUCAUGUCUUCUCGCGCAGUAGCUCCCUUCGUACCGCUGGCAGCCCAGGGUUGAGCAACCAUGUUCAGACCGCACCAACUUUGUCUUCAUCGGCUCAGGACUGGCUCUCAAGCCCCGUAUCCAAGCCUAUAGCACUCCAUGGAACGUCUGUCCAUGCCGAACGCGCUCAUGCGCCAGCCGAUUAUGCAGAAGAGCUUCGCAAAUGGUCAGCAAAGCGACAGCAACAUCCCUGCCCAAGUGCAGCCGCUUCCCUCUCGCCGCUACCGCCGAGCAGUGAGGUCGCCACGCAUACCUCACAUACGGGGAGCGAUGCAAGACCUUCCACAGCUGGAGUUGCUUCGUCAAAUGGGGAGCGCACUCUUCACGUCGGCGAGCAGCCGCAGCAAUCCGCUCGACGCAGCUUGGGCAAGCAACGAGCGGAUCUCAGCGCAGCAAUUGUCGACGAACAUGAGAGUGAGCGUGGAAACCAGACUACUCUGCUUGCCAGUGCACACACCCGCGAGACGACAACCGCACUGCGUCGCAUGCUCAGCCACUCGAGCACGAACGAGGCUUCCGAUAGGACGGUACGCCCACUGAUCGUCGACCAUCAUGGCCCUCAGUCCAACGAUGAUUUGGCAUGCGGUAGCACCCGCGAAUCAUACGGACACAUGCAUGGUAGUCAGGUGCUCGAAGAAGUCAUGGCAGGAGACGAUGUAGCUGCCACUCAGCGUAGACACACCGGCGUCGCGGCCUACGGGACCGCCACGGUAUAUCAUGACCUUGCUCAACAUCGACUUGCCGCACCGCAAGCCGACCUCUCCCCUCUGCAGCGGAGCCAUUCAUCAGGCGACGGGCAUCCCAACUCAUCCAAUAUCACCAAAUCACGAGCUGCCUUGCCGCCUGCUACUCCGGAUCGCGCACACGCAGCCAGGCCAACACACAAUGCCUCCCCCCCACUUCCUUCGCCCUCGACAGCAAAGCCAGCGCCGCAUGCUUCACGUCAGCGAGAAAGCUUCAUACAUCAUCGAGACCAAGACUUCAUCCCGCAACGCCCUCUCUCCAGCAGUCUCGACCCCGACGUGCUACGCUCCAUCAUCUCAGACUUUCCCACCACGCCAACGCCGCCAGCCAGCUCGCCGAAGGACCCAGCAUGCGAGCCCCUCCCUCCCUCCGGCACCACGACCAGCGUAGCCUUUCGCACAGCCACAGAGAAUGGGAGCGCGUUGACGUAUCGCUCACCCCUACCAUUCCCAGGCGAGCAAGCCGCUCAUUCUCACUCUGUUGGUACCACGUCAGCAUCAUUGGAGAAAGCUCUGAGGGAGCACGAGGAGCAAUCGCAGCGUGUCCCUGCGAGGAGGAAGGCUGUGGUAAUACCCUCCUCUCAGGCUGCGAGGGAGAGCUCAGUCAGGAAGCAGCCGGCAGCACCACUGCCUGUGAGGAUUGAUCUACCUAAAGUCAUGCUUCCACCCCGCGUGCCUACCCCUGUUCAUCAUCGAGACCAGCAAAAUCAGCAGCGCGGCGAGCAAGGUACCUCAGCGCCGCCCCGAGGAUCCUCUUCUGAAGUUGCAUCCGAAGUCAGCAGCUUUGCCAGCAUCAAGUACUGGCGGCAAGUCGUCGCAGUCGAAGGAUUUCUUGCCAAGGAGAAGAGAGCCACUGCAGCGGAGGCCGUCGCUAAGGGUGCCGAAUGUAGGCAAGCAUCUCCAGCUGAUGCAGCGAGGCCUGACGUAAAGCGGACACGCCCCUCGACGCCUCCGCCGCAGCACCCACGCCAAGUCUCUGGCGUGACGAGCACGUCUAGCCCUACGACGGUCGGCACGACUUCCAGUCGGAGGAAACUGAGCGAGCAAGAAGCGGCCAGGCUUUUUGGUCGCUUUACUCCGUACAGAGCACCUGAUGCUGAGAUCGACCGUAAGGCAAAAGGCAAGAAGUCGCCCCCGCUGAUCGUGAGCGGCAUGGUCGCUGCGCUACCUAGUGGGAUUGCGAGGGAAGACAAGCGCUACAGUACCCAUUCGACGAAUGACACUUUUGGAGUCGGGCGACGUCGUCCUCGAGAGAAUGACAGGAGCGUAGAGGCCGAAUCCGGUCACAGCCGCAAAGAAGAGCCACAACAGCAACGCAAAGAGGCUCAAUCGACUCUACUUCGCAAUACGCCAGCACCGACGUCUCGCCCCUUAUCCGCCAAAGAUAGCUCGCCGGCUCCACCUUCUCCUCCUCCGGGCAGCUCACGUCCUCCUACACCACCUCGCACCACUACCAGCACCGCCUCGGCCGCACGACACGACACGGCCUCAAACUCCAUCAAAGACGCUGGCAGCGCUCACGAUGGCGACGACGACGACGGUGCACACCUUGUGAUCUCGCUCAUCGCGCAGCGUGUCGGUGCAGCAGGGCAAGCACUGCUCACACUGGGGCAAGAUCUCGCUGUGUAUCAGCAGCAGGCUCUCGCCGAGAAUGCGGAUUCGAGGGGGUCGAGGACUUCGACGCCGGAUCAGCGAGGGAGAAGGCGCGCUUGAUGCGCGUUACGAUGAUUGCACAGCUUCGUCACCAUAUUUCAG